AUGACUGCAGCCCUGCAGACUGGACUCCUCCUCCUCUCAUUUGUGGUGGCGUGUGAGAGCGAGCCGACACACGCUGGACCCGACAAGGCGGGGGAGUCACAUGGGAGAUCCAGACUGGUCCACCUGACGUCUCACUGGGCCUUCCAGCUGGCCAAUGACUCCCUGGCCUUCUCCAGGGCCGACGGGUUCUGCCGAGGCCAGUUCAGCUCCCUGGCCUCCCUCCAAGACCCAGAGGACCAGGAGGGGGUCCAGGAGCUGCUCCGGCAGGCCGGGCACCGAGCACCCAUCUGGGUCAGGGACCCGAGCAGAGCCGCCGCCACCAGGGCCGUGGCCCUCUCCAGACAGUAUGUGCCCUUCUCAGCUCUGAACUUCCCUAAGGAGUCCCUCGAGGGCUUCGCCCGCGUCAACGUGUCCUUCCCGGCGCUGGCGUCCGUCAGCGUGUGCGUCCGCGUCCAGUGGGACGCGGCGUGGACCGAGGUGUCCACCAUCUUCUCCUACGCCGCGCCCGUCUUCACCAACGAGUUCCAGCUGCGGGGCCAGGUGGACCUGCAGGGCCGCAUCCUGCUGGCGCUCAUCGUCCACGGGAAGCACCUCCCCUACAAGGCGUCCUUCCCCAACGACGGGGCGUGGCACCACGUGUGCGUCACGUGGCGGCGGGGCGGCGGCCUCUGGGCCAUCUACGUGGACGGGAACCGAAGGGACGCGGGCUCCGGCGCCGACUCCCCCGGGAGCAUCUACGGGGACGGGAUCUUCAUCCUGGGUCAGGACCAGGACUCGUUCGGAGGGAACUUCACGGAGCCUUUUUUUGGGAAUAUCACCGAUCUCAACGUGUGGAGGACGUCUCUGGAGGCGCGGCACGUCCGCGCCCUCAACGCCUGCUUGGCCGCGACCCGGGAGCUGCUCUUCAGCUGGAGCCCCGCCCACCUCAGCACACACCCGGUGGUCCAGGAGGUCCAGGGUCUGCUCUUCUGUCCCGCAGUGCACCAGCAGGGGGCGCUGCAGGGCUGCAGGACGCUGCAGGGCUGGACCAAUCAGCUGCCUCUGCUGGGCUCCUCUGAAUGCUCCGACCCGCUGCUGUUCAUCUGCAGGAGCAGGAGAGAGCGAUACCUGAGGAUGAAGCAGAUGACGGAGGCUCAGAACUCCCAGCAGCCCUCGGCCUUCAUGACCCGCCUGAUGAAGCUGAGCAACAGAACCCAGGCGGUGCUGACCCAGCAGCCAUCGGGGCUGAGCAGCCGGGCCGAGGCCUCCGCCCUGCUGGACCUCUCGGCCCGGGCCCUGGAGGACCCCCAUGGAGGGGGACUGGAGCCCACCGACAUGGUGGCCAUCCUCCAGCUGCUGUCGCUGGCUGCUGACGCCCAGCCACCGGACCACAGGGGCCCGGUCCAGGACCCGGUCCAGGACCCGGUCCGGGAGCUGAGCCAGAACUUCAUCAGUGUGGCAGACAGCCUCAUCAGUGAGGACAACGCCCUCAAGUGGCAGGCCAUCAAAGAGGUGGUGAACGGGCCCAUGGACCUGGUCCAGAGCGUGGACCGGAUGCUGAGCAGCCUGACCUCUCGCCUGAUGGCAGAGACGGACCAGCUGGUCAUCAGCAGGCCCAACAUCAAAGUGGAGGUGCAGCAGCAGCGGCUGCAGGAGGCGUCCCGAGGAGGAGGAGUCAGCUUCUGCGGGCCGGAGGCGGAGCUUGACUGCAUCUCAGUGCCUCAGCAGGACAUACAGGAUCUCCACAGCAACGGCUUCCUGCAGCUCACGCUGGUCAACACGUGGUACGGCUCGCUGUGGCCGCUGUUCAACCCCGAGGAGAACGGCACCAUGAACAUCACCAUGGUGCCCACCGUCACCGACGGCAACCAGAGGUACCUGGGCACCGUCCUGGGCUCUUCGGUCAUCUCCAGCACGGUGAUGGGAGACGACCAGCUGGUGAGCACCGCCGUCCACUUCCACCUGCAGCACCGAGUAAAGAAUCCCGUCGGCAGCGUGUUCCAUCCCGUCUGCGCCUUCUGGGACUUUGAUCUCACUCCGGAGGCCGGUGGUGGGUGGAGCACCAGUGGAUGUGCCGUGGUGUCCAGACACUACAGACACACCGUCUGCUCCUGCAACCACACCACCAACUUUGCACUGCUGCUGCAGAUGUAUGAAGCCCAGAGGAGCCCAGAGAACGAAAGAGCUCUGCAGGUGCUGACGUUCAUCGGCUGUGGAGUGUCUCUGUGUGGCCUCCUCUUCACCUUCAUCCUCUUCAUCGCCGUGGGCGUCCCCAAAUCAGACCGCACCACCGUCCACAAGAACCUGAUGGUGUCUCUGGGCGUCGCCGAGCUGCUGCUGAUGUGCAGCGACUGGGCGUCGGCCAAUGAGGCGGCGUGCUUCGUGGUGACCGCCCUCCUCCACCUCUUCUUCAUGGCCUCCUUCUCCUGGAUGCUGGUGGAGGGCCUCCUGCUGUGGAGCAAGGUGGUGUCAGUGAACAUCAGCGAGGACCGAAGGAUGAAGCUCUACUACGUCAUCGGCUGGGGUCUCCCUGUCCUCGUGGUGGGCGUGACUCUGGUGGUCUCGGUGGACGAGUACAAGGCCGACGACCACUGCUGGCUCAACGUGCACACAGACACCAUCUGGGCCUUCGUGGGGCCCGUGGUGUUCGUCCUGCUGGUCAAUACGGUGGUGCUGUGUCGGGUUGUCAUGGUAACCGUCUCCAGCGCUCGGCGCCGGGCGAAGAUGCUCAGUCCAGGCUCGGCCUCAAAGAUGCAGACCUUUGACCUCACCUGGGCUGUGACCCGCCCAGUUCUCAUCCUGCUGCCGGUGCUGGGUCUGACCUGGCUGUGUGGGGUGCUGGUCCAUCUGUCGGUGGUCGUCGCCUACGUCUUCAUCGCUCUCAACUCACUCCAGGGCCUGUAUAUCUUCUUUGUGUAUGCUGUUUACAACAGUGAGGUGAGGAAUGCCAUAAAGAGGAUCAAAGAAAAGAGAAAGGCCUUAUCUUUCACGAACUGUUCUCAGCCAACCAGCUUCCUACCUUCCCAGAGGGCCCCGCUUACCUCCUGGGGCCACAGUCCUCCAACCCCCUUCAGCCCUGAAACUAGUGAAACUUCUGGACCGCCCAGCUCCACCUACACAUCGUUGGUUAUCAAGAACGAGAGCUUCGGGAAGGAACGUUUUGUGAGUUUCUCGUUGAAACCAGCAUCAGGAAGCCAAGUGGUCCAGCUGACGGGGUUCAAGCCAUCAGGUUGUUGAGCCACACGGGGAC